ACUGGGGGCGGGGCCCUGGCGGCAGUCCCGCCCCGGCGGCGCUGUCACUUCCUGCCCGGCGGUGUCUGUGUCCGGGUCGCCCGCCGUUCCCCAAGCAGCCGCUAUCGCCCGGCUCCCCGCUCCCACCCCGGGCGCGACACCCGCUUCUGGGACCGGGCGGCGGCGGCGGGGCCCGCCCUGCCCGCGCGGCGAGCGGGGGGGGCGGAAGGGCCCGGCGGGGGUGGGGAGGAGCAGGGCGGGACGGGGCUCCCCUCGUCCCCUCACCGCCGGUCUCGGGGGGGGGGCGGUGAGCCCGGGGAGAGCGGGGGGGCUCGGCUGCGGGCCCCGGCGGCGGGGCGGUCCCCGCCCCGAGGCGGGACGAUGCCGGUGAAGAAGAAGAGGAAGUCCUCGGGGUCGGCGGCCGCGACGGAGGACACUGGCCUUAAGAAGUGUAAACUCGGCAGUUAUUGCAGAUCACAAGCCUCUGGUAAAGUAAUAAGUGGAGAGGAACAUUUUUCAAGCAAAAAGUGCCUGGCUUGGUUUUAUGAAUAUGCAGGUCCCGAUGAAGUUGUGGGGCCUGAAGGAAUGGAAAAGUUCUGCGAAGACAUCGGUGUUGAGCCUGAAAAUAUUAUUAUGUUAGUUUUAGCCUGGAAACUAGAGGCUGAAAGCAUGGGAUUUUUUACCAAGGAAGAAUGGUUAAAAGGAAUGACCUCAUUACAGUGUGACUGUACAGAAAAAUUACAGAGUAAAUUUGACUUCUUGCGGUCACAAUUGAAUGACAUUUCAUCCUUUAAGAAUAUCUACAGAUACGCCUUUGAUUUUGCAAGGGAUAAAGACCAGCGAAGUCUGGAUAUUGAUACUGCAAAAUCCAUGUUAGCUCUUCUGCUUGGAAGAACUUGGCCACUGUUUUCAGUAUUUUAUCAAUACCUGGAGCAAUCAAAGUAUAGAGUUAUGAACAAGGAUCAGUGGUACAAUGUGCUAGAGUUCAGCAGAACUGUCCAUGCGGAUCUUAGCAACUAUGAUGAAGAUGGUGCAUGGCCUGUUCUUCUGGAUGAAUUUGUUGAAUGGCAAAAAGUUCGUCAAGCGUCAUAGCAAGAAUUCACAAGAAAAUGCAGAAGUUUUUUUGGUGCCCACCUGUACACAAACUGAUGAGAAAAACAACGGAUUGCAUUUUCAUUCUUAAGAAAGACUUCACAGUAAUUUUUUUCCUUUUUUAAGGAAAUUUUCUUGUUACACGUGAUAUGGGCAUUGAACCACACCUUUUCUGAGACUGAAAGUUUGAGUUCUUGUUUUGAGUCUUAUGUUUAUAGCAUUUAUUUCAGAACAAUAAAGAUUCAGUUUUGUGACAAAG